AUGUGGAGUCAGGUAUUUGAGAUCUUGACACAUCAUGCUUGUAAGACAGAAAGCAGGUAUGGGAGAAGUUUGGUAAAAGAUACUAUACAAAUUCAUGCUGAUAAGAUUCUUUUCCUGCUCGACUGGAACCUCCAGUGUGUAGAGGACAAAUUGGUUGAUGUGGAGUGGGGAACGUGGGUCAUCACUUUGCAAGGUACCCAUACAAUACCUUCAUAUUGUCACUUACUUAAGGUCUUGCCGCUGAAUGAAAAUAAAGUAGAGCAGAUAUUACAAAGCAUCAGUUAUGUGAAUGAAUCAAGGCAUAUAUGUGAACAAUACAAGAAGUGCAAAUUCAAGGGACUUCUCGACACUCCAGACAUGGUUAGUAUAUUUCACGAGAUUGGAGGAAAUGCUCAAUGUGAGACAAUAUUGGAACAUUUUAUAGAAAGGAAGGUUGGUCAUUUAGAAGAUUUUCAUGAAGAGUUGAUUAAACUUGGGAAAGCUGCAUUUUGUUUGAUCUUAAAUAAUAGAAUGCUUUAUAAUAGUGAUGAUCUCCAGGAUAUAAGAGAUGAAGUGAAAAAGCCAUUCUUUGAAUAUCAUGAUGAGUAUGCUAGUUUUCGCUACAGAGUUAUAGAAGAUUUCCUCUCUGCCAAAUAUGUUAUUUCUCAGCCCAAGGAAGCGUGCAAGAAAUGGCUUAAACAAGUUCCAUUGUUUAAAAGAGUUUUUAGAAUUACUUGUGCUAUGUGGACUAAGGAUGAGCAGAGUAUUCAGAAUAAUUUACCAUUAAUUAAGUCUUAUCUUCUGAAGUUGUUUGGUAUUGAAGUGCCAAACCAAGAACACAAGAAACGGAAUAAGAAAAAAGCAAGUAAACACACUUGUCAGAAUUCCAACUCAAACAACAAUGAAGAGUCUAUGGACAUUGACUUGCCUGAAGGUGCUACUUCUACUGCUGAAUCUAGUGACAACACUAAGAAGUGUGGCAAUAAAACAUCGUUUACAAUGUGGUCUUUUAUAGUUAAGCUUACUGAGACUUCGUAUCGGCAGGAAAUUGUCGAACUGCUAGCAGAAAUGUUAGCUAGUAAGAAUUCAUGGGUAUUGAAGUGUAAAUGCCUAGAUGAAAGUAAUAUAGAUAAAAUAGCUGAAAUAUUGAAGAAUUUCAAAUGUUUGUGUAUGCAGAAACUGGAGGUCUUGGAUGUUUGUGUGUAUGAUAUUGCUACAUUACAAGAGAUUCUAUCAUGUACAGGCUUGUCUGUCUUAGAAAAGUUUGGGUACGAGUUGUUCUCAAGGCUAAUGAACAGGAUAUUAAAGAUGGUGUCAGGUUUUGUGUACUGGAACCUAUCCCACAACAAAGAAGAUGGGCCCUUUAAUGAGUGGGCACUCCAGGUAAAACUAAAUCUUACUUUACCUGAAAGAUUACAGCGAUUGAUGCUAAGAAACGUGGAAUUCUAUAAUAAUACAAAUUACUUUGUGCUGGACAACUAUUUUAAUAAAUAUCCUGGUAUGCAGAGACUGAUCAUUGAGGAUUCAUCACUUUCUAUAACUGGAGUCAGAAAACUGCUAAAUGAACAUGUUAAGCAGAUGCAGCAGACUCUAUUUAAUAGUGGGGAUAUAGAAAGAGUUUCAUCCCAGUUAAAGGAAUGGCAUAGAAAGAGGCCACGGCUUGAGAAAGAAGAACUUGCAAACGUUCCAUGCUCAUGUCUUCAGCAGGAUGGAGAAGACCAUAGAGACACUCUUGAGGAUUUUAUUAACCUCAUUGAAGAUGUAUAUGAUUAUGAUAUUCUCAGUUUCAGCUACACUAGUCCACUUGUAACUGUUAGGAAGGAUAUGUGUGAAGAUCUGAGGUACAUUGCCCUCUGACACGGCUAACUGAUGAUGCUGUCAACAGACUCUCUCUAGAUAAUGAAGA